GGCACAAAUAGAUUUGCCGAAAGAGGAAAAAGAACCAGAAGCUUUGAAGAAAACCAAUUUUUCUCACCAUUUUUGACUCUUUCUCAGUCCGGUUCAAUAUAUUCGAAGGGCAAGGAGUGAAGCUCAAGAAAAAUUCAACUGGGUGUUUCAAGAGAGAGUGAUUUUCUGGCGAAUUUUCCGUGAAGUGUCUUUGAAAAAUAACGAAAACCCAGUGGCAUAAUUUUCCAUAGAAGCUCUGUUCGUGACUGGUGUUCUACUAUUGCUUUACUUUUACUGAUUUAUCUUAAUGGCCAACAACGGUGUAAACCAGCCCUUGCUCUAUGGAUUAGUAGACUCGACAGCUAAUACAGGAAACAUAGUUGUUCCCAAGAGAAGACGAUUUCGUCAUUCUAGAAGUGCACCAGAAGCAGAUUUAGUUUCACCAGAUAAUAAUGGGAAAGGCUCAAUUCCACGCUCCGAAUCAACUCUCCGUAAAGUCCACCCAAAUCUUAAGCUAGCAGCACUUUACUUUGCUGUGUACUUGGCUAUUGGCACUAUAUGCUUUUACUUUGUGAGGAACGAAAUCACUGGAAUGAAAACAGAUGGGCUUCUUGAUGCUGUUUAUUUCACAAUAGUGACUAUGACUACUGUUGGUUAUGGUGAUUUAGUCCCCGACAGUGCUCUCUCAAAGUUACUAGCCUGUGCUUUUGUCUUCUCUGGCAUGGGUAUAGUCGGAAUGCUUCUGAGCAAGGGCGCAGAUUAUUUGGUCGAGAAGCAGGAAAUAUUGCUGUUUAAAACCGUACACAAGCAUCAAAAAGUAGAUCAAAAUGAAAUGCUGAAGGAGAUUGAGUUCAGUAAGGUGAAAUACAAGACCAUAGUUACUUUUAUACUUAUGUUGGUCUUCAUUAUUGUUGGGACCAUCUUCUUGGUUUUUGUUGAAGGUCUGAGCUUUGUCAAUGCCUUCUAUUGCGUAUGUUCUACCAUCACAACCCUUGGUUAUGGAGAUCAGAGCUUCUCAACCAAAGCAGGCCGUGUAUUCGCCGUGUUUUGGAUAUUGUGCAGUACUAUCUGUUUAGCUCUGUUUUAUCUUUACAUUGCCGAGCUUGCCACUGAAAACAGACAAAGAGCGCUCGCUAAAUGGGUUCUCACUCGAAAGAUGACAAACACAGAUCUCGAAGCAGCUGACAUGGAUGAUGAUGGCGUUGUUCGGGCUUCUGAGUUCAUUAUAUACAAGCUGAAAGAGAUGGGGAAGAUUAGUGAAGAAGAUAUUUCACUUGUACUAGAGGAGUUUGAGGAUCUUGAUUUUGAUCAGUCAGGAACCUUGUCAGCCUCAGACAUCGUUCUUGCUCAAAUGCCCCAAGCGGAACGGUAACUUCCUUCUACCAUCUUGGAUAUAACUUGUGAAAACAAUGUGACUUGUUUAAAGAGCCUACUUUGUAUGUUAUCAGUGCACCUAUGUUAUCUUAUCUGCACUAUAUAUAUAUAUAUAUAUCCGCAUAUAGUAGAUAUUGGCUCCUCAUGUACAAAAACCUAAUGAGAAGUAUUGACUGUUGAUGUAAGUGAUCAUUUGUUGUCG